AUGUUCUUUCUCACUUUUUUGGCUAUGAUAAACAUCCUAGCACUUGGCCAUUCUGCGAUCGCUUCGCCGACUGUGAGCCCAACCCCUGGACUGGAAACCUAUGAGGCAUUCUUGGUCCAGUUUAUCGAAGUUGGCUCAGACAUCAAUGAGAGUUCUAAGUUUGGCUGGAACUCAACUAACUCUCAAUUUCCAGCAUCUGGCGGCUUAGAGGGACGUUCUGAGAAACCGGACGAUUGCUGGAGGUGGCCCCGGGGGAUCUCAGGCACAGUUCAGAAGUAUAAGAGUGAUCUUGGAGCUCUGAGGUCUUCAAUGAAAAGCAGCGAGGGCGGUUUCAAGUGA